UGUUACGUCAUAUGGAAUUAUUCAUCUUCCAAGCUGGAGUCGUUUGAACUCCAUCACCGGUCCGACGACCCGGGACACCGAGGCUCAAUAACACGGGACUAAAACACACUCAAGGUACGGCUACUUCUCUAUUGAAAGCCACCCGCGCCCUUUUUAAUGCAGAUUUGGGGAACGAAAUGCACAUUGUUUUCCCCCCCCAUACCCGACUAUCUGUCCGUAAUUAAACCUUAGCUUAACGCUCUCCUGUUUGUAAAUCACGCUCGAAAGCUACUUGACACGCCAUGUUUUUACGGAAUAAAGGGCAGCGGUAGCGGGCAGGCCAUAUUAAAGUCAAAGAUGAAGCUGAAUUCAUUAUCUGUGCUGUGUCUGUCACUUCUUUUGUUACACACUCAUUAUUCUCUGGCCAAAAAAGGUGGCAUUGGGAAAAGCUCUGGGACAAGGAAGACCUCCACAUCCAACCGAGUUAACACCAACACUAACACUAACAAAAAUAAUCAGGGCUCUCAGGGUGGAUACCCCAAACAGCCUGGACAACCCAAUCAGGGAGGCUACCCUCCACAAUCAGGCAGACCUCGGUAUCCAGGUAGUUACCCUCAGCAGCCUGGUGGAGGCUUCCGGCAUCCAGCACAGGGCAGUUAUGGCAGUCACGGCGGCUAUCCGGGUGGAUACAUCAACCAAAACCCAAACAACAGAGUCUUGAGCCCUCGCUAUGGAAGCAGCUUUGGAUAUGGAGGCCAUGGUGCUAGGGGCGGCUCCCCGUUUUCCCACUCAGUUCAGGGAAUGGGCAUGUACCCUUCUGAUAGAUCCAGAGGGUUUGGUCGCAGUGCGAUGAUGGCAGCAGCUGGAGGGGCUGUGGCAGGAAUGGCCCUGGGCUACGGGCUAGCAAGGUUCCCUCGUCCUCCUUUCCACUUCCACAACCCCCAGGAGGAGUAUUACUACAACCACUACAUGUACAGAAAGUAUGGUUCCAAGUCUACUGAUACCAAUGACUACAGCCGGGACUACAAGUACAGCCAACCCCCUCAGACCUAUGAUAGAUACAUGGACUCCUGCAUGAAGAGAAGCGAAGAGAACCUUCUGCCUAAAGAGAAUCGAGAGCCAAAAAUCAAACCAGCUGCGACAACCACAACUAUAGUUCUAAAUACCCCAACUACUUCUGUAAGUACUGCUCCAGACUCUGGCAUUAGCAGCAACACAACAAAGACCAAACCAGCUGAGACAACUAAAGCCGCUGUUGUGAACUUAGCUUCACACUCUGGAGCACCUGCAACUCCACGCCCUCUAAAUGGGUCUGAAACCAAUCCAGUGCCUCCAUCGUCACAGGCUGUCAGCAGUGCUGAGGACGUUGAUACAGUCAGCAUAGUGGAGAUCGGCUACCCGGCACUGAUUGAGCAGAUGAAGGCUAGGAGAUGCUUGGAGCUGUACUUGGUCUACUCUGAAAGGUACUUGGAGAAAAAGAAAGCCACUGAUGGGGUGCAGCGACUGGAGAUGGAUUUGCAAGGGCUAUUUGUUGUGGUCACCAGUACUACACUGAUGCUACUGAAUAGCAAAAUGCCAUAAUGCUGCUGUGCUGAGACCUUAAUUAGAAGCUAAAGCGGUGAAGAAAAUGUAGAAAUUAGGUGUAUGGGGUGCAGGGACUGGGUAUGGGCUCACAAGGGUUUUUAGCUGUGGUUAUUAGUACUAUACUGAUGCUACUGAAUAGCAACAUGCUGAUGCUACUGCACUGAAGCCUUCAUUAACAGUAAAGGUGAUGGAGAAUAUACUAAAGCAAUUAAAUACAUGGUGGGAAAUGAUUUAAGGGAGAGGAACCUCUUUAGGACUUUUUUUCAUUGUGUGUGGAUUUCUACUUUUCAUUCUUAUUUAAUAUUUAGGCAUUGCAUCAUCAUGCACAUGCUUGACUAACACCACACAACUGGCACACAUACUGUGUUGCAUCUUUGAACUAUGUAUUCAAGGAAAGGAGGGGAAAUUGAGAGCGACGAGAGAGUCAGUAUUGCAAUCAAAUUGCAUUUACUGUUUCCUGUUGUGAAAGAGAGAGUCCAUUAACAGUACUCUAAUAGUUCAGGCCCUGUAAAGUUAUCUGGCAAAUUAUUGUCUAUUUAGAUUUAAUUGAAUAUACUCUCUAACCCAUUAGAGAUACAGUUGCAACAAACAGUGUCGAACAAUCCACAAAUGAUCAAACCCCACCAAGUGUACGCUCUCUCGCCAUAUUAAUGUUGAGUGGCACUGCCCCUGACUAUCUUUCUGUUUGUAUGAGUGUUUUAGAAUAAAAAUAUGAUUUUUAAAAUUAUUUUUCAAGAAACCUCUUCUUUUAAGUGUGCUAAGGUUACAUUAAGUUCAGGGACGUUGAUGUUGGAGGACUGUUUGUUCAAGUACAGUUCAAAGAAAAGAAAGAAAAAGCAGUGAAUAGUGAUCUAAAACUUAAUACUGGACUAUAACUUGUCUAAUAUUCUAUUGUUACGAAUAUCUGUGCUUUAGACUGAGAAGUUUUACACUAUAAGCAUGACUAUUUGUAAGGGAACAAAUGUACUCAUUCGUCAUAGCUUGGAACAUAAAUGGACUUUUAUAAGAUAAGGUCCAUUUUAAAUACAUAAACACAAACCAAAAAGACUGUUUAUUAUAUCUGUCUGUACUUAUUUUAUGUGGACACAGACUCUUUAAUCACACAAACAGUCUGCAUGCAGCUAUAGUAACACUCCUUAAAUUAUUUCGUUUGGAAUAAAUGCAAAACCAAGUGCGCUUUUCUUCAAUAUAUAUGUAGGUUGUUGAACCUUUUUCCAUGUGUACUGCCUUGUACAGUGUGUGUAUUUUAAGGUGUUUUUUAUACCCCCUUCUGUCCAAUGUUUUGCGUCCGUCUCCUGUCUCUGGGCUUGUGACUGCAAAAGUGCUCUUAAAGUGUUAAGACCCACAAGGUACUAAUCCUGAACCAAAUUCAUCUCCAAAUCCUACUGAAUGUUAUCUUGCAUUGUCAGCUGAGUUAAUCGUUGUUAAGCAUAUUAAUGUAUGUGCAGAACAGUGCAUCAGAUUUAUAUCAUCAUUUUUCUAUUCAUAAAAGCUGAUUAUGGAACUACUUAAAGGUAUUCUGUGGAGUUUUUUUCAUUGAGCUCAAAUUUAAAAUGCUUUGAAUAAACAUACUGUACAUUACAAUCACACAUUUCUUAUUUCAUAAUUAAUUUAACAUGGUCAUUAUUUAUUAUUAAUAGUCAUUUAUAGUCGUUAUUAUUUGAAUAUUGGGAAUUAUUUGUUGCUGUGUUGUGAGCUGUGACUUUCUAGUUCAGUAAAAAACAAUGCCAUCUCCAUGUUGGUAUAAAAUCCUCCCAGCUACUUCCAUCAAGGAUAAAUGUUGUGUUUUCACUCUUGAUUUCUUUAUUUAUAACUGCGUCUGCCUCCUGCCAGUGGUGGAAGCACUCAGAUUAUAUACUUCAGUGAAAGUACUAAUACCACACUGAAAAAGCUCCCCUACAAGUUCAAGUCAAGCAUUCAGGACCAUACUUACAACAUACUUUAGUAAAUAUACUUCCCACCACUGCAAACUGCCAUCAUGACCAGUAAGACCAGUAAUUAAAAAACCCACAGUGUACCUUUAACAUGUUUUUCUAUCUGUAUAUUGUUAUUAUGUUGUGUCUGGCUUUGAAUGUAUUUGAAAAUGCCCAUGUACUGACAUGUAUAUGCCUCUUACUGUGAGGGAUUACAUUUACUGUGCUCUUGGAGCAUUAGUUUGAGGGUUGACUCGCACUUUUUCGCUCGUCUUGUCAAAUAAACAUAUAACCUUUA